UCCUGCGCCCUCAGGACCCCAGAGGCCGGCUCCCGGUCGCGGCGCCCUCGGACCCUAAGGACGCGAUGGCAGCCGUUCUCCUGAGGCCCCGCGCGGCCUGGGCCGUGUCCCUGUCAGUGUCCGCGCGCGGCCUCCUGGUCAUGGGCGCCCCGUGCGCGGCGAAAAUUCACACUGGGCUGGAGCACAGGCUGCAGCGGCGCUAUGGGUUCCUGGCCUACAUACUCGGCGAGAGGACAUUGAAGAGAUUCAGCGACAAAAGCAAAGUGAUCACCGUGGAAGGCAACCUGUGCUCUGGGAAGAGGGUGCUGGCCAAGGAUCUGGCCGAAAAAUUAGGUUUGAGACACUUUCCUGAGGUUGAUAUACAUUAUGCAGAAAAGACUUCAGGCAGCGGAGCCAUUCUGAGUCCAGAGUUGGGUGGCAAUUGCAGUUUGGAGAAAUUUUACGACGAUCCCAAGAGUAAUGAUGGCAAUUCCUAUCGUCUGCAGUCCUGGCUCUAUGCCAACCGCCUUCUGCAGUAUUCCGAUGCCCUGGAGCACCUGCUGAGCACAGGACAAGGCGUGGUUUUGGAGCGCUCCAUCUUCAGCGACUUUGUCUUCAUGGAGGCCAUGUUCAAGCAAGGAUUCAUCCGAAAGGAAUGUAAGGAACACUAUGAGGAAAUCAAGCGUCUCACUGCCCCUGAGUAUUUACCUCCUCACCUGGUGAUCUACAUUGAUAUGCCUGUCCCUGAGAUCCUGAAGCAGAUUCAAGAGAAAGGAGAUCUCCAUGAAAAGAAGAUCACAGCCGCCUAUCUCCAGAACAUUGAAAACGCCUACAAGAAAACCUUCCUUCCAGAAAUGAGAGGAAAUUGUGAGAUUUUACAGUAUACUCCAAAGGAAGCAGAGGAUGUGGAAAAGGUUUUGGAAGAUAUUGGCUACCUCAGGUUUGAUAAGGGCCCUUGGCUGGAGCAGAGCGAGCGUUCCUUGUACCACUUGAGGUCACUGGUCCAGGAUAAAUAUGAGGUCCUGAAUUUUACCACGGUGCCCAUCUACCUCCCGGAAAUCACGAUUGGAGCCCACCAGACCGAUCGCCUCUAUCAGCAGUUCAAAGAGAUGAGGGGGCAGAAAUAUAAGCCGGGCUAUAAUGCCGACGUGGGUGACAAGUGGAUCUGGCUCAAAUGAAGGCCUCCCUCGCGGCGGCAGUGACGGAGCCCAGUGGGGUAGAAGGAGGGCCUGGACCUCCCGGGGAAGCGGCUGCUGGGCCACUGCCAGGCAUCGGGCCCAAAGGACGGAAGCAUCUUUCCCUUAGAAUCCCCAGCAGUCAUCAGCUUAAAAAAUGAAAAACAGACUGAAACGACCCCGAAAUGCCUCCUUCCGUGGCCCUGGCAGCUCCGGGUUCUGUAUUUUGCUUCCUCAGACUUCCAAGAAAUAAAACCUUUUCUGUGGAA